CAACUCCAAACUGCGAAACGAGGCCACAUGUGCUUCUAAAUUUGGUGUUUCGAUGCGUUGAUAUGCCGCACCACCAGACAUAAACCACCCACCGUCAUUCAUUUCCUGGUGAGACUCACUACAGUCAUGUCACCAUCAUCGAGGGGCACAAUGUCCCUCACCACCCUCAUUACCACCUUGCUGUCACUCACUCUCCUCUCCCUCCAUCCUACCUCCGCCGCCGCCGAUUCGAGUUCAAACGACACCUUUUUAUGGGGACCCUACAGACCCAACGUAUACUUCGGAGUCAAGCCUAGACUACACAAGAGUCUGACUACCGGUCUUCUAUGGGCCAAUGUCGACAAUUAUGCUGCGGCACAGAACAAUUUCCGCUAUACAUGUGAGCAGAACGAGGGAAUGGCCGGCUAUGGCUGGGAGGAAUAUGAUGCUCGCAAUGGUGGUCGUCAGGUCAUCCAUGACACGGGAAACCAAAUCGAUUUGACCAUUGACUUUAUCAAGUUUCCCGGCGGCCAGAAUGGUGGAAGCUGGGGUGCAAGAAUUAAAGGUGUGCCUCGAGAAGAUGCAUCUCCUUCGAUUGUCACCACUUUGGUCUUCUACGCCAGUAUGGAGGGGCUUGGUGAAUUGGGAUUCUCGUCUGAAGAGCCGGACUCGGAUGGCGUGGUCACCAUGCAUGGUUCGACUGUCGAGUUGGGCGACUUUGAUCUUACAUUCACCGACCCGAAAGAGAACUCGUUGCCAUAUAAAACCCAUCCGUCAUGGGACAGCAAGCCUUUGGACCGGCCUUUGAUGUCCAGUAUGAACAUUCCUGCCGAAGCUAUGUGGCAGGCGAAGAAUGUUUUGUUUGCCAACAUGAAACGAGGCAUUGAUGCUUAUGUUCAAGAAUACGGCCAGGAGAACAUGCCACCACCAUGGCAAUCAUUCACCAUUGCCCAGAAUCCUGGGCCAGGCAAUUUCCACAUGGUCCAGAAAAUCUAUGUUGGCGCCUUUGAGUUCGAUGUUCUCUUCAACUCAGCUUCUGGACCGAAAGUGACAUCAGAAUCCCAGACCAAGGCUAUUGCUGAGACAAAGACCGCCUUCAAGUCAAAGUUUAACAAGAUCUUUGCACCUCUUGCACCUUUCACGAAAUCAAAGUUCACGGCUCUGUCCGAGUCAUUGUUUUCAAACCUCUUUGGUGGAAUUGGAUACUUUUACGGCGACUCGCUUGUGGACAGGUCCUACGCUGCUGAAUAUGACGAGGACAAUGAAGGCUUCUGGGAGGAGGCUGCUGAAGCAAGAUCACGAGCUCAAAUCCAGCCUGAUGAGCCUGCCGAACUCUUCACCAGUGUACCAUCACGACCAUUUUUCCCUCGGGGGUUUCUAUGGGACGAGGGUUUCCACCUAAUUCCAAUCGUCGAGUGGGAUAUCGACAUUACCUUAGAAAUCGUCAAAUCGUGGUUUCGGUUGAUGGACGCUGAUGGCUGGAUUGCUCGAGAACAGAUCCUUGGACCAGAGGCUCGAAGCAAAGUUCCCCCGGAGUUCCAAGUCCAAUACCCUCAUUACGCCAAUCCACCCACCUUGUUCCUGAUUAUCGAUACACUCAUCGACAAGCUCAACUCUGGAUCACUCUCAGCCACGGAAGCUGCCCAUGUCAGAACAGACCUGCAGACCCUGUACCCACUUCUCAAACGACAAUAUCACUGGUUCCGCAAGACGCAAUUCGGCGACAUCAAAUCCUACGACCGCGAAGCAUUUUCAUCCAAAGAAGCAUACCGCUGGCGAGGACGCACGCCUCAACACAUCCUCACUUCAGGUCUAGACGACUAUCCUCGCGCCCAGCCACCCCACCCUGGCGAAUUACACACGGAUUUGAUCUCAUGGGUUGGACUGAUGGCAUCGACCCUUUCACGACUCGCCCCUCUCGUUCCCGAAGCAGAAGACGACGUCGCCGACUUCACCAGCCAACAUAAAGCCAUCAUCCGCAACAUCGACGACCUGCACUGGUCAGCCACGGAGAAGAUGUACUGCGACGCCACAAUCGACGACUACGAAGACAGCAUCCACGUCUGUCACAAAGGCUACAUCAGUCUCUUCCCAUUCAUGACCGGUCUCCUCCCUCCAACCCACCCGAACCUCCCACACAUCCUGUCAUUGAUCUCCUCACCCACUGAACUCUGGUCACCAUACGGAAUCCGAUCUCUCGCCAAAUCCGACCCCUUGUACGGCACGGCUGAGAAUUAUUGGCGGUCGCCAAUCUGGGUCAACAUGAACUAUCUGAUCCUGAAGAAUUUAUUAGCUCUCGCCCAGUCGAACGAUACUCCUAAAGCGGUCAAAACUCAGGCUACUUCCAUUUACGUCGAGUUACGCCGUAACCUCGUUGAUAAUGUCUACCGUCAAUGGGAGCAGACGGGUUUCGCUUGGGAACAAUAUAAUCCGGAAUCUGGUGCUGGUCAACGAACUCAGCAUUUUACGGGCUGGACGAGUCUGGUCGUGGUGAUUAUGCGUAUGCCGGAUUUGAGUGCAAAUGUGGGGAUCAAACAUGGAGAGUUGUAGAAAUCUCUCUCUGGUUUGGUUUGGUUUGGUUUGGUUCGGUUUGGUUGACCUCGCUGGGCGAGGAGAGAGAGGGUUUAUUGGGGGAAAAGAAAUCCUAGAUUUGAAAGAAAGACAUGAUGGUAGGUAGUAGAUACAAAAAGAU